GAGCCGCGCCGACCCCCGCGCCGGUGUGAGAGUGGACGCCCCCCGCCCACUGGAGUGUUUGUGGGGGCAGUCCCCCUCACGCGGGGGUGCUGAGGGGGGGGGGGGUGUAGAAGCGGGGUGUCCCCAAAGAGGGGGGACAGUACGGAGGGGAGAGCCGCAGGGGGGUUUUGGCCACAAUGGAGGGGGCUGGGCUGGUGGGCAAGCGCAUCCUGGUGACAGGUGGCACUGGCUUGGUGGGAAGAGCCAUUGAGAAGGUGGUGGCUGAUGGAGAGGGGCAGCCAGAUGAGGAGUGGAUCUUUGUGUCCUCCAGAGAUGCUGACUUGACGAGCACCACAGAGACCAAAGCCCUGUUUGAGAAGCACAAGCCCACCCAUGUCAUCCACCUGGCUGCCAUGGUCGGAGGCCUCUUCAGAAACAUCCGCUACAACCUGGAUUUUUGGGGUGCAGGGUUUUGGGGGUCCCCACCCUGCAGAUCUGAGAAAUCUCUCCAUCCCCAGAGGAGAAACAUACUCAUCAACGACAAUGUCCUGCACUCGGCAUACGAGACAGGGGUGCAGAAGGUGGUCUCCUGCCUCUCCACCUGCAUCUUCCCAGACAAGACGACAUACCCCAUUGAUGAGAGCAUGAUUCACAAUGGGCCACCUCACAGCUCCAACUUUGGCUACUCCUAUGCCAAGAGGAUGAUCGACAUCCAGAAUAGGGGCUACUUUGAGCAGCAUGGCUGCCGCUUCACCGCUGUCAUCCCCACCAACGUCUUUGGGCCACAUGACAACUUCAACAUCGAGGAUGGGCAUGUCUUGCCCGGGCUCAUCCACAAGGUCUACCUGGCCAAACAAACUGGCUCUGCUCUGACUGUCUGGGGCACUGGCAAGCCCAGAAGACAGUUCAUCUACUCUCUGGACCUGGCCCGGCUCUUCCUUUGGGUCCUGCGGGAAUACGAUGAGGUGGAGCCCAUCAUUUUGUCAGUGGGAGAAGAAGAUGAAGUGUCCAUCAGGGAGGCAGCAGAGGCAAUUGUGGAGGCCAUGGACUUCAGGGGAGAGCUUGUUUUUGAUACCACCAAGGCAGACGGGCAGUUCAAGAAGACGGCCAGCAAUGCCAAGCUGCGGCGCUACCUACCCAGCUUCCAGUUCACACCCUUCAGGCAAGCUGUGAAGGAGACCUGUGCCUGGUUCAACACCAACUACGCCAACGCCAGGAAGUGACAGGCCAACACAGCACUGGCACCGGCAUCAUCCUCUUCAACUCAGGGUUGUCCUUUUUUUGGGGUAGAGGACUGGGCUGGGGGAGUGCCAGUCACAUUUCCAAAGUAAAAGGGGGCCAGAGCCCAGUGAGCAGCCCCCACAUUCUUGCCCACUGCUGGGAGCGGCACAGGAUGCCCAGGGGAGGAAGUCUGGGGCACCCCAAGGGUGCUGACACCCCAGACCAGUUAGUAGCAGCCAGCUGGAGCCACCACUAUCAGCCACCUUGGCUGUGUGCAAGAGUCUGGUGGUUCUGGCUGAGCUGUAAUGAGCUAUGCUGCUAAUUGCCUGUAAUUAGGCUGUAAUAAAGGGAAGGUGAUCAGGGUUCCUCUGGCACAGGAAUGGCAGCUGGUCAUUUGCUGUUGCUUUUGGCACAUGGGGAUGGUCCAAAAGCCCCAGCAUCAGGGGGACCAGAAUGAGGAAGGCGCCAGCUGUAAAUAUGGCAUUUAUUAAAAUAUUUCAAAAUAGCAUAAAACUGAUAAGAUGAGGAGCAUCCACCCUGCAGCACAGUCCUGUAUCCAUGUCAAAUCGCACCCUUAGGGUCCUGAGCACCAUUCUGCCAGGAUCUAGAAGAGCCAAAAAAGGGUUUUAAACUUCUCUGGGAGGGGGGCAGAGGGUCAAACACGGAGGUACGAGUCCCUGACCAAGCCGCUGCAUGAGGCUUAACCAGUGGUGUGGAGAUGGCAGAAAUCCUGCCCAUGGAUGGCUUCUUUCCAGCAUUGCUGCUCAGCCCCGAUGAGCCCCUGGCAUGGGGACCAUAGGGACAGUAAGGACCUACAGAGGGAGGAGAGACCUGUCAGCACCCCAGGAAGCCCCCAGUGGGACUGUCCCCCCACGGCUGGGUCACUGGCUGCACCCCAAGGUGACCCCAGCCCCUGACGUCCCUGGAGAAGGGAUGUCCUCUAUGGUUGGUACUUGUAUGUCGCUGGCUAGAGGCUGGCUCAGGCUGCAGGGUUUGGGCUCCCAGCACUUCCCACCACCCAUGGCUGGCUCCAGCAUCGCCUGGCUGAGGAAGAAGGGGUUUAGACAGGGCAUCCUGCAGCCCUGCAGGAGAUGUCCCUUGUCCCCUGAUGACAUGUAGGUCUUACAGGCUGUGCCUUGGCCAUCAUUGCAGGACACACACCACCACCCAAAAUUUCUCCUGGUGUGUCACAUCCCCAGCCCUGGCUCCUCUCCCAAUGAGGUAUCCUGCACCCAAAGGUGCACUGACAACGAGGACACCCCAGCCCUAGAGGGCCUGACCCUCAGGGGGACCUAGCUGGCCCCCAGGAGCAGGGUCUGGCUGAAUCUGGGGACAUCCCACCCAGCUCAGGCUUACCCUACACGAGCUUAGCUUUGUCCUCCAGCCACCAGGGAUGGGUGACACCUGCCCUGCUAAGCCAAGGAGGCCCCCUGCCAUCACUAGAUGCUGCUCCAGGCAUGAGAGCCCUGCAAGAACAUGGCAUGGGUGGUGACACAUUCCCAGCGCUGCUAUUGCUAGGUAGACAGUGGGGACACCCUGGAAUGCUGCACAUACCCUGGCAUAGCUUGGAGAUGCUCUGGGGUAAAACAUGCCCCAGCAUAGGAUGGGGACAUGCUGGGGCUUCAGAUCCCUGCCCUAGAGCCACUACACCUCCCACCUCAUGGUCGUCUCUCCCAUGUCCCCCUGCCCAGACAGCUCUCACCUUGCAGGCAGCUCAUCUCCCUCCUGUCUAGCUCCUCCUGCAACAGCUUCAUUUCACACUCCCUGGGUGGGAAAAAGGAGAACUAGAGUCGCAUGGCCUUGGUGGCUUCUGUGUAACCAUCACGAUGGCAGCCCACUCACCAGCCUCCCCUCGCCAUCCUCUGGGCAGAAAUAGAGCAAGGAUCUAGGUUGAGGUGGCAAAAAGCUAUCAAGAUGUGUGCUGCCCACACCUCCUGCGGGCCAGCAGCCCACCCCUCUCCUGAGAGCCAGCAGCCCAGCCUAGCCCACUCCACAUGAAGACCAGCAGCCUUCCCCUCCUCUCUCUUCUCUCCUCCCAUUCCCACCCAUAACCUCCCCACCGCUCUCCUGUCCUGUCUCAUCUCGUCUCGUCUCCUCUAUUCUACACCCCUCUCUCCUCUCCUCUCCCGUCCCCUCUCGUCCUUCCUUCUACACCCCGCCCAUCUCCUCCUCCCCUCCCCUCCUCGAUUCCCCCCUCCUCGGUUCCCCUCUGCCCCCCUCUUAAUUCCUCCCCUCUUCUCCCCUCCUCGCCUCUCCCCGCCUCCCCUCCUCGGUUCCCCUCCCUUCCCCAUGCAUCCCCUCCCCUCCUCGGUUCCCCUCCCCUCUGCUUCCCUGCCUGCCUAGCCUCGCCUCUCCGCCUCUCCUCUCUCCUCCCUUCCACAUACAUCCCCUCCCCUCUCAACCACUCCUUUCCCCUUGCCUCCUCUCCUCCUCCCUCCUCCUCCCUUCCCCGUACCUCCCCUCCUCUCCCUUCCACACUCUUCCCCACCCCUUCUCUCCACCUUUUCUCUUCUCUCACUACUUUGCCUGGCCUCUCCUACUCUCGUCGUCGCCUCCUCCUCGCCUCUCCCCUCUCCUUCUCUCUCCUCCCCCAUACAUCCCAUCCCCUCCCUUCCACACUCCUUUACCCUCCCCUCUGCUCCCCUUUUAAUUCCUCUCCUCUGUUCCCCUCCCCUCCUCGACUCUCCUCUCUCCUCCCCUCCUCUCCCUGCCCAUCUUCACACCUCACCUCCUCUCACCUCCUCUCUCUUCUUCUACUCUCUCCUCCUCCCUUCCCUUUACAUCCCCUCCCCUCCCUUCCACACUGCCCUCGCCUCUCCCCUCCCUUCCCCAUACAUUCCAUCCCAUCGGUUCCCCUCACCUCUCCUCUCUUAACUCUCUGCUCUCCUCCCUUCCCCAUACAUCCCCUCCCACGCACUCCUUUCCUCUCCCCUUCCCUCCUCUCCACUCCCUGCUCCUCCCUGCCCCUCUCCUCUUCUCCCCUCUCCCCUCCCUUCCCCAUACAUCCCCUCCCCUCCCUUCCCCACUCUUGCCCUCCCCACCCCUCCCCUCGCCUCUCUCUACCUUGCCUGGCCUCCUCUCCUCCCCUCUCCUCCUUUCCUCUCACCUCCCCUCUCUCCUCCCUUCCCCAUACGUCCCCUCCCCAUACAUCCCUUCCUUCCUCUCCCUCUCUACCCCUCUCCUCCCCUGCCCUCCUAUCCAUUCCCCACCCCUAUCCUCUACUCUCCUUUCUUCUCCAGUUCCCCACCCCUCCCCUCUCCUGCCCUCACCACCCCUCCCCAACUCCCCUCCUCUGCUCUCCUUUCCUCCAGUCUCUCCCACACCCUUCCCCUCCACACUGCUUCCCUCCCCUUACUUAGGCUUCCCUGAAAGUUUUCAUACUUUGCGUUAAGUUGGUUAGUAGGCUUAGGACAUUUAAGUUACCUAGGAUUAUGGCCAUUACAGUGUAUGGUUUUAGCGUGGUUAGGGGGAGAAAUUCAGAUUCCUGAAACCCAGUGAAGGUGCUAGUUGAGGUAAGUUUAGGCCCUAAAACUCGUUGAAGGUUCUAAUGGUGAAGACUUGAUGUACUGAGGCCUGAGCAACAGGCCCUCAGCCAAAGUUGGCCUUUAGAUGAACCUACCAACGGAAUGUUAUGAAGAUAUAUAUAUAUAUAUAUAUAUAUUUAGUAUUCUAUCAUGAGUGAAAGAGGCAUGAUCCUUAGUGAACUAUGUAUGAUCCUUAGCGAAAGAUGAAGCUGAAGAUAAACUGGAAUCGUGAGUGAAGAGAUAGCACAUCCUUCCUUGCUUAGAGGCAGGUCACCAAGGCCAUGAAUCCAGCUGUUUGGCCUUGUUUGGAACCAGGUGGUCAAAAUCCAGUAGAUAAAGGAAACUCCCUCAGGUCCUCCCUGAGCCCUGGCCAGGCUUUGGUGGGAUCUGAGGGGAGAGUGAAACCAGGUGUUUCCACAUUUGCAAUUAGGUGGGCUUUUUUAUUCAAUAGUGCAAAUGCUGGACACUCUUGCAGCGACUUUAGAGACCUUGCCUAUGAGGGGACACCCUGUGUAGGACUCCCCCAUUGCCAGGAGAGGCUGUCCACAUCCUUGCUGCAAGAGGGGCUCCACAGCACCUGUGGACCUGGAGGACAGUAAUGUAUUAAGGCAAUUGGUAUAUGUAUCUUCCUUCAUCGCUAUAGCUAACCUGGAGUAGUAAUGAUUAGGUCCAUUGCCUUGCUUAUCUGUUCUAUUGCUUGAAUCAGGGUAUUGUAGGCUCAUCCUUUUUGUAUGUGCGUAUUGCCUUCUUUUCUGUAUGAAUGUGAAACCAACAGUAAAUAAAGGUUAUUUUCUCUA